GACCGGCGGCUUAGACAUCCUAAGUUAAGAUACACAGAGCACAGUGCAUUCAAACUUAGGGAGAGUCAGGAACCCAUCCGCUCGACCUCCGGAAAUAGAUGCGGAGGACAGGUAGCGAGUUGGAGGUGACCAAGUGCCCGAGGCAGAAAGAGACAGGCUAGGGCUAGGGUCAGGGGCCACCGCUAGUCCUUUGUAACGGGAGUCGGGGUGGGGGCGGUCGUUCGCAAUCCCAAGGGACACAGGAACGACGCCCGCCUUGGAGGCCGGCCCGGAACGCAGCCUCCACAGAUUUCCCGCGAAAUCGCGUUCCGGUUGUGGUCAAGACCAUUCUAGAGGGGGAGCGCCGAGCCAGUUGUACGUAGGUGUACUGCGGGGCGCGGGCUGAGGCCGUCCAGUUCCCCCUAUCUUUGCCCAGUGGUGCCUUCCGGGGUCGCGGCCACACGAGGGCGCUGUCGCGAUUGGUGGGCCCCCGCUGGGGGCGGAGCCAACGGUGCCGCCGGCGGGAAAUCUGCGUACUGCUGAAGCGGAGCUGAAACGCGCACCUUAGCCCGCCAUGUCGUCUCCUGCAUCUACCCCGAGCCGCCGCGGCUCCCGGCGGGCCGCCCCAGCUCAGCCACGCCAGGAUCCCUUGUCGUCCGGAGAGCCGCAGCCGCUGCCCUCGUCGCCUGGCGCCGAGCCCCGCACCCCAUCCCGCGCGCCGCCCGCAGCGGUCCCCCUGGACCUGGACAUGAGCUCGCCGCUGACCUACGGCACCCCCAGCUCGCGGGUGGAGGGCACCCCGAGGAGCGGCGUGCGCGGCACUCCCGUGCGGCAGAGACCCGAUCUGGGCUCGGCCCGGAAGGGGCUGCAGGUGGACCUGCACUCGGACGGGCCGCCCGCAGAAGAUACAGUGGCGAGCGAGCAGUCUUUGGGCCAAAAACUCGUGAUUUGGGGAACAGAUGUAAACGUGGCAACGUGCAAAGAAAACUUUCAGAGAUUUCUUCAGCGUUUCAUUGAUCCUCUGGCUAAAGAAGAAGAAAAUGUUGGCAUAGACAUUACUGAACCUCUGUACAUGCAGCGACUUGAAGAGAUUAAUGUUACUGGAGAGCUGUUUUUAAAUGUAAACUGUGAACACAUAAGAUCAUUUGAUACGAAUCUCUACAGACAGCUCAUCUGCUACCCACAGGAAGUCAUCCCAACUUUUGACAUGGCAGUCAAUGAGAUCUUCUUUGACCGCUACCCUGACUCAAUCUUAGAGCAUCAGAUUCAAGUGAGACCAUUCAACGCCUUGAAGACUAAGAAUAUGAGGAACCUGAAUCCAGAAGACAUUGAUCAGCUCAUCGCCAUCAGUGGCAUGGUGAUCAGGACAUCACAGCUGAUUCCAGAGAUGCAGGAGGCCUUCUUCCAGUGCCAAGUGUGUGCCCACACGGCCCGCGUGGAGAUAGACCGUGGCCGCAUCGCUGAGCCUUGCGUGUGCGAGCGCUGCCACACCAGCCACAGCAUGGCCCUCAUCCACAACCGCUCCAUGUUCUCCGAUAAGCAGAUGAUCAAGCUCCAGGAGUCUCCUGAAGACAUGCCCGCGGGGCAGACGCCGCACACGGUAGUCCUCUUUGCUCACAAUGACCUCGUGGACAAGGUCCAGCCUGGGGACAGAGUGCACGUCACAGGCAUCUAUCGAGCCGUCCCCAUUCGCAUCAACCCCAGAGUGAGCAAUGUGAAGUCCGUCUACAAAACCCACAUUGAUGUCAUUCACUACCGGAAGACUGACUCAAAGCGUCUGCAUGGCCUUGACGAAGAAGCAGAGCAGAAACUUUUCUCUGAGAAACGUGUGGAGUUGCUCAAGGAGCUUUCCAGGAAGCCAGACAUCUAUGAGAGGCUUGCAUCUGCCCUGGCGCCAAGCAUCUAUGAGCAUGAAGAUAUAAAGAAGGGAAUCUUGCUUCAGCUCUUCGGCGGGACUAGAAAGGAUUUCAGCCACACGGGGAGGGGCAAGUUCCGCGCGGAGAUCAACAUCCUGCUGUGCGGGGACCCAGGGACCAGCAAGUCCCAGCUGCUGCAGUACGUGCACAACCUGGUCCCGCGGGGCCAGUACACGUCCGGGAAGGGCUCCAGCGCCGUGGGCCUCACUGCCUACGUCAUGAAGGACCCUGAGACGCGGCAGCUGGUGCUGCAGACCGGUGCCCUGGUGCUGAGCGACAACGGCGUCUGCUGCAUCGACGAGUUCGACAAGAUGAAUGAAAGCACGCGCUCCGUGCUACACGAGGUCAUGGAGCAGCAGACGCUGUCCAUUGCCAAGGCUGGGAUCAUCUGUCAGCUCAACGCCCGCACCUCCAUCCUGGCAGCAGCAAACCCGAUUGAGUCUCAGUGGAAUCCGAAAAAAACAACCAUUGAAAACAUCCAGCUGCCCCACACACUCUUAUCAAGGUUUGACUUGAUCUUCCUCAUGCUGGACCCCCAGGACGAGGCAUACGACCGGCGCCUGGCUCACCACCUGGUGUCCCUGUACUACCAGAGCGAGGAGGAGGCACAGGAGGAGGGCAUGGACAUGGCGGUGCUCAGGGACUACAUCGCCUAUGCACACAGCACCGUGAUGCCGAGGCUCAGCCAGGACGCCAGCCAGGCCCUCAUCGAGGCCUACGUGGACAUGAGGAAGGUUGGCAGCAGCCGAGGGAUGGUGUCUGCGUACCCCCGGCAGCUGGAGUCGCUGAUCCGCUUGGCAGAAGCCCACGCGAAAGUGCGGUUUUCAAACAAGGUGGAGGCCAUCGACGUGGAGGAGGCCAAGCGUCUGCACCGGGAGGCGCUGAAGCAGUCGGCCACCGACCCGCGGACGGGCAUCGUGGACAUCUCCAUCCUCACCACAGGAAUGAGUGCCACCUCUCGGAAGCGGAAAGAAGAGUUAGCGGAAGCAUUGAGAAAGCUUAUUUUAUCGAAGGGCAAGACACCAGCCCUGAAAUACCAGCAGCUCUUUGAAGAUAUUCGGGGACAGUCUGACAUAGCAAUCACCAAGGACAUGUUUGAAGAAGCGCUGCGCGCCCUGGCGGAUGACGACUUCUUGACAGUAACUGGGAAGACUGUGCGUCUGCUCUGAAGGCCCAGGAGCAGCAUGGUCCUGGCCCUGCCGCCAGCAGGAGGAAGGGCUUCAAGGUCAUUGUUUGGCACCAUGAGAAUUUGCUCACGUGGCUUCAGUUUUCCUGGGAAGCCCGGGUAUUCAUCUGUUGAUGCUGAGUGAAGUAUCCUGGGCCGUCUGUGAGCGUGCAGCAGACUGUCCCUGGAGCACCAGGGCUGAGUAGCGUGUCCCUACAGACAGCAGGACGUGCUCUUCUCUGCAGACUACAGUCUUGGUCCUGGUCUGUGCUGGACUCUGUCGGGUACUGGAGACACGCGGGUGUUCCCGUCCUUCCCUGUGAGGAGGCGAUGGGCUCCGCUGAGUCCUCCAGGUCUUUUUUCUUGCCUACAAGAGGCUGGUAACAAUGGGGUUCCAUGUUAACUUGUUUUGCUUUGCUCUAAUGUGUAAAACUUCUUCCUCAAUAAGUGAUAGAAUAAGUAAUACUUGGUUAUCUGGCAUUUUUCACUAAGAAAAAAGCUUUAAUAAACACUGCUUUUAUGGA